AUGUCAAAUUUAGCAGACGAAUUAUUAGCUGAUCUAGGCGAUGAUUUCGAAAAUCAGCCUCAAAACGCGGAAGAAGAAAACGCUGAUGUUCUUGAACAAAAUAACAAGAAGAGAAAAUUCGAGCAGUUAUCGGAAAAUGGGGAUGACCUUUCCUCUGAAUUGAACAAUGAUUUAGGUCCAAUAGAAGGUGUUGAAGAUGAGAAUGAUCAACAGCAACCUACAAUCGCUGAAACUGAUCGUCUAAUUUACCCAUUCCUUCAUUCUGAUCGAUUGAACGCUGUAGUCAAAGAAAUUGAAAAGUACCAAGGUACUGAGAAACAAGCUAUUACUGGAAACAUCGAAGACGACCCAGAAUAUCAACUCAUCGUCGACUCGAAUUCAAUCGCUAUGGAAAUUGACGAUGAGAUUUUACGUCUUCAUCGCUUGGUGAAAGAAUGGUAUUACAAUCGUUUCCCAGAGUUGAGUGGACUUGUUUUGAACGCGUUUGAUUAUUGCAAAACCGCCUUGGCCCUUUUAAAUGAUCUUGAAAAUAGCAAAAGCAAACUUUCUUUUCUUCCUUCCGCGACUGUCAUGGUAAUCGCUACAACAUCAACUACCACAACAGGACGCCCAUUACCAGAGGAUAUGAUUGAGAAUGUGAAACAGGGAUGUAUUGCAAUUGAAAAACUAAGCGCUACCAAGGCCAAAAUUUUAGACUAUGUGCAGUCAAGAAUUAGUGUGGUUGCUCCAAACCUUUCUAUCAUUGUGGGCUCGACAACGGCAGCCAAUUUGAUCGGAAUUGCCGGAGGACUUACUAGGUUGGGCAAAUUUCCUGCUUGUAAUUUACCGGCAUUAGGUAAGAAGAGGUUGACGACAAUCGGGAUUAACAAUCCAGCCGUUAGUGGUGAUUACGGAUUUCUUUACAUGUCGGGUAUUGUCCAAAAAACUCCACCGGAUGCGCGGAAACAGGCAAUACGUAUACUUGCUGCGAAGGUAGCGUUGGCUGCUCGGAUUGAUUCCAUUCAUGAAUUUUCUGAUGGCUCCUUCGGUACACAAACACGAGCAGAGGUGGAAAGAAAAAUUGAAAAGUUAUUAGAGCCUCCAUCUCAACGACCCACCGUUGCAUUACCCGUUCCUGAUGAUAAACCUAAACGUCGCCGCGGUGGUAGAAGAAUUCGUAAGAUGAAGGAGCAAUAUGCCGUCACUGAGCUCAGAAAAAUGCAAAACCGUGUGUCCUUUGGCAAACAAGAAGCUGAGGUUCUUAAUUAUGAUGAAUCAGAAGGUCUUGGUAUGCUUGGCCAAGAAGGCGAAGGCAAGAUUCGUGCUGCUUCCAUCGAUACCCGCACCAAGCUGAAAAUUCCAAAAGCAAGGAAAGCUCAACUUCAAUCAAUGGCACCAAAGAAUCCUCUCCAAGCAAGCGGUUUACAGAGUUCAUUAUCGUUUACUCCAGUGCAAGGUAUAGAACUUGUAAAUCCUUUGCUACAGAGACAGAAGCAAAUGGAAGACGGUAAUAAGUGGUUCCGCGAUGGGGUGUUUACACAAAUAAAAAAGGAAUCGAGUGACAGCCAAAAAAAGUUUUCAUGA